AUGUAAAAGGAUAAGGAAGAUUCUUCUUAAAAUGUUAAUGUAAAUUCACCUUAACAAGCUUUUACAUUAUAAAAAGAGAAUGGUAAUAUAGAAGGAGUAUUGUACGAUAUUUAAAUUGAUAUUCCUUAAAAAGAUAAAACCUAAUUGGAUGAAUAAGCAGAAUUUAAAAACAUCAAGAUAUUUAAUGAAUAUAAAGAAUUGUUCAAAUUCUUAGAGUCUUUGAAAAGCGAAAUUGAAGUCUGUUAAUGGAAAAAAAAGCAUGAAAAUAAUCAUUAACCUUCUGAAAAAAAGGCAUUUUCUGAUUAUUCAAUAUCCGCAUCUAAAAAUGAUGACGGCAAAUCGAUCUCUAUGUAAAUGAAUAUAAUGACGAGUUAAUAUGAAAUAAUUCUUAUUUAAGACUAAACAUUUACUAUUAAUAAUAUUUGCUUAGAUUUAAAUCGUAAUUUUAAAAUAGGAUCUUUUGUGUAUUUAGAUUAAACAAACUAGAUUAUUUAUGAGAUUAAACAAUUUUAACUCAAAAAUAAAGAUUAGAUUAGGUGCAUUAUAGAUGAUGCGAUCAAGAAUUUUGAAAAAAUGAUUAAAUAAUACAUAUACCCACUUGUAUUCAAGAUUAAAAAAAUUAAAUCCACAUUUUUUUCUGAACUAAAGUCGGAAAAAAGGGCAGAUAAUACCUUAAAUGAAAAAGUAGACACUGUAUAUGACUCUUCAAAUUUUAGUAAGUAAUAAAUAAUCGGUGAGAAAUCUAUUGAGGAAUUCAAAAAUUCAGAUUAUUUAACAAAUGAGGAGAAAAAAGAAUCUUCAAAUAACUUAGAGGAGCUAAAAUAAAAAAAAUCAAAAAUAAGAAUAAAUUUCAAAAAUUGUUAAACCCCAAAAAACUUAAAAAAAAUAGAAAAGAAGGAUAGAAUAUUUCAAAUAUGA